AUGACAGACAAACAGAAGGUAGAUCUGGGUUUACUCGAAGAAGACGACGAAUUCGAAGAAUUUCCUGCUGAAAAUUGGGGAACUGAAGACGCAGAUGAUGAAGACGUGUCGGUGUGGGAAGAUAACUGGGAGGACGAUAUCGUUCAAGAUGAUUUCAACCAGCAAUUGAGGCAACAAUUGGAAAAGCUGAAGGAGACAAGCAAAUGA